ACAAGUGAAACUGUUUGUCUCGCGUACACGCCGUCUCACUUUUGUAGGCUAUAUAUUGGAACUUGCUACCUGAAAUAAAACUUUCAAAAGCGACUUGUUUUUUUAUACAUUUCAUAUUUUAAAUAAUCUAUGUAGGCUAAACGUAUUAUUGCGUCUGUGAUGUCUGACUGCGAUAUUUCUAGCGGCUUUCUGCACAUCAAUGAUCAAAGCAGUUUUAUGCUUCAAAGAUGCGAGAGCUGUGGUGAUGAAGAUGAUGACGAGAGACUAAAAAGAAGGGUAAAUAACAGGGUGGCAGCGCAGAAGAGCCGAAAAAGACAGACACAGAGAGCAGAUGAGCUGCAUAAGGCAUAUGAGUGUCUGGAGCAGAAGAACAGGCGGCUGAAGAAGGAGGUGCAGUUUCUGUAUGAGGAGCAAAGGCGUCUGACUGAGGCCCUCAAGGCCCACGAGCAUCUCUGUCCCAUCAUGCACUGUGUUCCCAACCUGGGGUCAGGGCCCAGGGAUGUAGGGGUCCUCUCCAGCCUUCCCAGAUAGCCACCAUACCACGCCAGGACCACAGAGACAAACCAACAUGGGAGACAUGUAAACAGAGUUAACAGGUCAGAUUAUUUAUGUCCUCCUCUGUCCUUUGUACUCCCUGUGUCAAUUAUUUUGUAUAGCUUGAAUCAAGUUGUAAUCAAAUGAUUAUAGGCUGAAGUAAUUAACUUUGUUUCAGAUGUUCAAAUUGCUUGUCCUGUUUUAAAUGUUUUGUAUAAUAAAUUGCAAAUACAUUGCAUAUCCCUCUCCCAUUAGACAAUCUCCCUUUGAGUCUGAUAAAUGUGGUUACCACACCUUUAAUCACUUGUGUUCUUGAACUGGUUUACCAGUAUCUGGGUUUGGCCAUGUGGGAACUUCUCCUUUACCAGAAACAAUAAACCAUUAAAAUAUU